AUGACCACCGAGCAGACCUUCAUUGCCGUCAAGCCUGAUGGCGUCCAGCGCGGCCUGAUCGGCCCCAUCAUCUCUCGCUUCGAGAACCGCGGCUUCAAGCUCGUCGCCAUCAAGCUCGUCACCCCCUCCAAGGAGCACCUCGAGAAGCACUACGAAGACCUGAGCGACAAGCCCUUCUUCAAGGGUCUCAUCACAUACAUGGGCUCCGGCCCCGUCUGCGCGAUGGUCUGGCAAGGCCGCGACGUCGUCAAGACCGGCCGUGCCAUCCUCGGCGCCACCAACCCACUUGCUUCGGCUCCGGGCACCAUCCGUGGUGACUUCGCCAUUGACGUCGGCCGCAACGUUUGCCACGGCUCCGACGGCGUCGAGAGCGCCAAGAAGGAGAUCGCUCUGUGGUUCAAGGAGGGAGAGGUCCAGGAGUACAAGCAGGCUCAGUUUGACUGGAUCUACGAGAAGCCGUAG